CACAAACAGUAAAUACACGCUCAAAUAUAUUAUGGUGAACUGUGGUAGUUUAUUUAUACAGAGAGCUGUAUGGCAUUAUUUUCAUUAUGUUGUUCCCCGUGUUGUUCCUAAUCGAAAGUUAAGUUAAAACCAAAGUAUAAUAUCUAAACAAACAUUCAAAGCGUUUGAUAAAGUUUAGAUACUGUACUGGAUAAUUACGAGAUAUAUUAUGACACAAUUGUCUCAACUACUGCAAAGUAUGAUUUACAUAAACAAAGACCAAAAACACGUGUUGUUUUUCCCUAGUUUGACUGUUAAAUUUGGAGAAUAUCUGUUUUAAAUAUACAAUAAUUUGCCAAACAUACUGUAUAUAUAAAUGUUCGCACGUAGAUUCACGCAUUUCACCAGAUUUGCAUCUCAGAGCGCUAGACAGAUUUCCUAAUCCUGCUAUGGCUGUGGUUGCUGGGCGGUAUUUACAAGGUGAUCUACGAUAGGAUAGACAAAACGUCGCUCAGAAGGCCAUACCAAUCAAAGCAAAGGAUUGUCUACUCAAGGGCAGGACUCAUCGGAAUUCGGGUACCGCCCCCAUAUGGCAGACAGACUUCUCAUCAUGCCGUCUAGCCGUGACUGUACCAGCCCGUCGGGUGACGUAGGCUGUUGGGUUGUGGAUUGACGUCGCGAGUCUAUCAGCAUGAAGUCCGCACCGCUGUUAUCAGUUCAGGGCGACGGGCGCUAGUGCGGUUGUGAACUUUGACGGAAUCCCGUGAUAUAAAAUACAAAUAUUUCGCAAGCGUCCCUUCUCUUCUUGUGAAAGAAUCGAGGAAUUAACAAUUUACAUUUAAAGACUCAUUUUGGAAGUGUAAGAAGGGCAGUCCUUCACCAUGAUCCACAUGUAAAACGCCCUGCAUUCCUGAUACUUCCUCUGUGUAUAUUUCUGUCACUGAAGACAAUAUCGAUAUCCACAACAUCAUGGCAACUACUGAGAAUAACCGUCCCUGGCCCCCCGAGUACCACACACUCCCUAAAGUCCCAGUAAAGAGGUUGUGGCGAGGUAAUGGCACAGACGCUACGCCCAUCAAGAAACGCGUGAUGGCUGCUCUCAAUCUCUCCUGCAAAAAAAUUCCAGAAACCUCUCUCAGCUCUGGUGGUGCUAGUGGGUAUCAGGUUUCCAAGGCAACAAAUGGGAUGGAGGCCACUCCAGAUCUGAGUCCUGGUUUGAAGCACACUCUAGCGCAGUUCUCUCUCAGUAGCCAGUGUUCCCUUGGUGGUCCGGCUGCGUUCUCUGGUCAUCAUGGUCAGUAUAAAAUGGCACCUCCUUUGGCCCAAGGAGGUAUGGCGGGAGGGCCUCUUCUGGUCCCCCCUGACAGCUCCACAGACCUUGGCCUCUGCUGUCUGGAGGGCGAGACUAUCUCCUGCUUCUCGGUGGGAGGUGAACUGCGUCUUUGUCUGCCCCAACUGUUAAACACCGUUCUGCGAGACUUCUCCCUACAACAGAUCAAUCAAGUGUGCGAUCAGCUUUAUUUGUACUGUUCUCGCUGUGACGCAACACAACUCCAUGUCCUCAAAGUGCUGGGUGUCCUACCGCCAGGGACUCCAUCCUGCGGGCUCAUCACGCUAACCGAUGCCCAGCGCCUCUGUAACACGUUGCUCCAUCCAGGUGAAGAACCCUCUAGGAAUCCACACAAAGGUCACAGUUCUGGAGAGGAGGACGAGAGUGAGGAAGCUGGAGCAUUUUGGGUGGAACACCAAUGUCUGGGGAAAUGUCAAGGACUGUUUGUACCCCAGCUUUAUUCCAGUCAGGACGCGCCCUGCAUCCGCUGCUCCCUGUGCCGGAAACUGUUCUGCCCGGAGCGGUUUGUCAUGCACUCCCAUCGACAGCCCGACAAACGUACGUGUCACUGGGGCUUCGACUCAGCCAAGUGGGCCUGCUAUCUGCAGCUCGCACAGAGACACCUUGGAACCGCGGAUGAGGAGAAGCUGCAGCUAUCUCUGGAGGAUAUGAAGUUCCAGCAGGAGAAAAGGCAGUCACAUGUGGGAGUCUCUUCACCUGCUUUUGUGUUUGAUUCGCAUUUGCUUGCCAGUCUUAAGGAACACCCCAGUCACGCUGAUUUGAUGUGGCAAAGCUGGUACCAGUAUGUGCCUGAAAAACCGGCAGCUGGGUGUGUGUCUGGAAAGGAAAUGCGGACCCCAGGAGAAGACGCAUUGGGAGGCCCAUCCAAACAUGGAGACUCUCAGGAUGAUGCAAGUCAGGAUGGAGGCAACACUGACCGAAAGACACCCUCCUUUUCAGGACAGGAAAGAACAAGUCACACACCUGGCCAAACAGAUGACGGCAGUCCGGAUGAAUGGCAAAAACUGGAUAUGCCAGCUUGUAAGCGGUCUGCUGGUGUAAAUGCAGAACACAGUAAGGACGGCAUGGUAUUGGAACUCCUUCAGAUGUACAGCGCUCAGCAUGAGAAACUUCAGGCAACUCUACGCAAACAAAAACAACUUGAAAAGGAGCUACAGAUUCUGCAUCGGGGUGAAGUCAGUGACCGCCGUGACCUGCACGGGGAACUGGAGGCUGUGCAGAGCGAGCACGCUCAGAGGCUGGGCGAGGUCCAGCAGGAACAGAGGAAGCUGAAGUCCAGACUCGAUCAGCUGAGACAACAAGGCUGCAGAUGCAAAGAUGCGGUCGAUGAACCGCACCAGGAAACCAUCUAUGCCAAACAGUUAUCAGAGCUCCGCCGAAGGUUGGACCAUGCCGAAGAGGACCGCGAAGAGCUGCAGGAGGAGCUACGUAGGGAGAGGGAGGCCAGAGAGAGGCUGGAGCACACCAUCUCUGAACUCAAACAACAAAUGAAGGAGUCUGUACCCCCUGCUUCAAUGGACAGUCCACUGUCUUUAGCCUCUAACGACACACAUAUGUCGCCGACGCCUUAGCUUGACCAUUGCGUGACCUGACUUUUAAGGAAAUCAGAAUUUACUGGAAUUCCUAAAAUCCGCGAUCAAGAUUUGUUUAGGAACUGGAUGUUUUAAUUCCAGUUCUGUGAAACAAUUUCGGGCCAUCCUAAGUUGGGUUUAUUCAGUAAAUUGGUUGUGAAGAAAAUAAGAAUAACUAUCAGGUUGAACUGAGCUUUUUGGAACACGUGAAAAUAGAUUUGUGGCGUUUAUAGACAUUAUGCAAGCAUCUAACGCUGCAAGCAUACAAUCAACGCCAUCCAUUUAAGUUUAGCAGUGCUAGCACUACUGAUAGGAAAAGAAGAGAGAUUUUUUCUAAAAUUGGAAAUGUUGAAAAAUACAUCAAGUGAUAUAUUGUGUUAAAGGUAUUUAUUGUUUCUUGGAAAAUGUUAUGUGAAAAUUCAUGUCAGAUAAUGCAUAUUUAACAUUCUUUUUGUCUUAUAAGUUUAUAUUUUUAUGUGAGCAAUGCUUGAUAUGAAUGUAAAAUAUAUAAUGCAUGUGUACUUUAAAAGAUACGGAUACAUAUAACUGUUUACACUGUGGUAUGACUUUAACAGUUCAGAUACUGUAUAUAGCAGAUGUUUUCGAAGCCAUUUCCAGUGAAUGUUUUACCUCCUUUAAUGAGCAACAAAAUUCUCUUCUUUCUCUUUUAAAGGACAGAAACAAAGUAACAGACCCCUUUAAAUUGUAUGAAGCGAUUGUGCAAGUUUAACACGUGUUGCCACAUCAUACAGUUUAAGUACAGGAAAUAAUCUUAUCCUUGUACUUUACAUUCUAUAAAACGUCUAGACAAACAAGGUCUUUUUGUACUUUGCUCUGUGAUAUGGUAUUCUGAGCUUGAGAAAGAAAAUGACUUAUAGGUAAUUGUAUACUUUGCUGUAAUUGACAAUCAAUGUGUCUGUCUGUAAUAGCUUUCAUAUAAAAAACCUAAAUACGCUUAAUUUAAUAGUUACUACCUCAAAGGGACAAAUACAUACAAAUAUAUAAAACAAUACAGGUUGUGUUGUUAUGUAUAGGAGUGGAUGGAGAAAUCAGGUGUAUGACUGACAAAUACCUCUGUGCUGCUGCUGCUAUGUCUUUCCUUUUAUGGUUAUCUUCCUCUUUCUUUUUCCAGAUGACUUAAAGAUGCAUGUGAGAUUGCAGAAAUAUAUAAUAUACAAAUAUAUAUACAUAUAAUAUAUAAAAUACAAAUAUUCUGAGUAUUAUUCCCUAACCUUUAAGCCAAACGUAUUUCACAUUGUUAUGUUAUCACAUACAAAAUGAUUAUAUUUGCCAGUGCCAUUCUUUAUGUGUGUUGUAUGACUUUUGUCCUACCUCCUCAUGAUCAAGACCCACUAAGUUUUGUAUGUCAUUUUUUUCUUACAUUAGCUUAUGGGAAAUUAUAUACUAAUUUAUUAUUGGAGAAAACAAUAAAAAUGAUUAUAUAUGUUUGUUUAAUUAAA